AGGGACUUUUUAAUCGUCAUCACAUAUUAAAAAUCCGACACGGGGAGCGGGUGGCUGCAUAUGCUGCGUUUUGCUAACCGGAGCCUCGCCGGGCGGAAGGCACCGACAGAAGCUCAUAGCGAGAGAGAGAGAGGGAUGUCGGACCGUUUCUUCCCGAACGAAAUGCCAGACUUCGUACCCCAAACGGAGUUAGAUGAAACAGCCACCGAAGGAACCAGAGACUCGCUCACGAAGCUCCUCUCUCUUCCUUACAGAACAGUCUCGGAGAGGUUCAAAAGGGCUGCUUUGGACCUCAAAGACAUAGUAGUGAGGGAGACAUGGGGACUCGGUGGGAAACGCGUGCAGGACUUUACGCUCUACACUGGGGCUCUUGGGACCGCUUACUUGUGCUUCAAAGCCUAUCAAGCUACCAACAGCAAGAAUGAUCUCGAUACCUCCUCUGAGAUUCUUAAGGCAUGUGAUUCUGCUUCUCGCAGUUCCAGCCGUGUGACUUUUAUCAGUGGACGAGCUGGUGUUUGUGCUCUUGGUGCUGUCGUAGCAAAACAUGCUGGUGAUGAGCGGCUUCUUCAUCAUUACUUAAACCUGUUCAAAGAGAUCAGGCUUCCUGAGGAUCUGCCAGAUGAAUUACUGUAUGGGAGGGCAGGGUUCCUGUGGGCAUGUUCAUUUUUAAACAAGCAUAUUGGUAAUGGCACUAUAUCUUCUUUUCGCACAAGAAUGAUUGUGGAUGAAAUUAUAGAGAAUGGUAGGCGAUUGGCAAGCAAAAGAAGAUCCCCCUUGAUGUAUGAAUGGCAUGGGAAGAAGUAUUGGGGUGCUGCCCAUGGACUGACAGGGAUUAUGCAUGUUCUGAUGGACAUGGAACUAAGAGCAGAUGAGCUGGAAGAUGUUAAAGGUACACUCCGCUACAUGAUGAAAAAUCGUUUCCCUAGUGCCAAUUAUCCUUCAAGUGAGGAAAGCCAGUCAGAUCGUCUUGUGCAUUGGUGUCAUGGUGCUCCUGGUGUCGCUCUUACCCUAGUUAAAGCAGCUGAGGUUUUUGGACGUGAGGAGUUUUUGCAAGCAGCUUUGGAUGCAGGGGAGGUGGUUUGGAACCGAGGUCUGCUUAAACGAGUUGGAGUUUGUCAUGGCAUCAGUGGGAACACUUACGUGUUUCUUGCGCUACACAGAUUAACAGGUAAUGAGGAGUUCAUGUACAAGGCCAAAGCAUUUGCUUGCUUUCUACUUGAUAGAGCUCAAAAGCUUAUCUCAGAGGGGAAAAUGCAUGGAGGUGAUCGUCCUUAUUCACUGUUUGAAGGCAUUGGAGGAAUGGCUUACCUCUUUCUGGAUAUGAUCCAACCAUCCCAGGCUGGGUUCCCUGCUUAUGAACUUGUGCGUAUGUAUUAACUAAGGUAAACUGCGUGUAUACAAACUCAUCUUGUGCCUGAAGACUUCCAGAAUGUCUUGUAAAUAUAUGAAAUAGAGCUCUGUGAAAUAUUCUCUUGCGCCUGUGUUUUUUUAUAUAUUAAAAUCCUUUGCAUUAUCAGGCAAUGCAUCAGAGAGGAAUGUAUACAUUUUUGUUUGUACAACUGAAUUUUUACUGGUAGAGCUUGCUAAUACAUGCAUGGCAGCCUGGCUGUAGGACGUUGCAGACCC